AUGGGAAUAUCGGAUUUUGAAUUCUCAGAUGAUGAUGAGGAGUUUUUAAAACCCUUGGGGUCAGUUCCACCGACAAUUGAUACCGAUAAAGGUCAAAGUAUGGACGUGGAUCAUAACUCCACUAAUACAUCAUUAACAUCUAUUGAUUAUUCCAAGGUUCCUCAGCUGAUUAAGGAUAAAUUAUAUCAAGCCGAUGGGGAAGUGGCGAUACUUAAGAGUCAACUCCAUCAAUCCAAAACUCAAAAUCAUCAAGAAUUGACUAGAUUGACUCAUGAAUAUGAUACUACCAGAUCAUCAAUGCAAGAUCAGAUAGCUUCUCUUAAGGCUCAGGUUCAAAGCUUGGAAGAUCAGAGAGUGUUUUUGGAGAAUGAAGUCCGAGCUUCCAGUAAGAAAAGGAGAACUAAUACUCAAAUCGAACCUCCUACAGUACCAACAGCUAAAGUGAUAAAGAUUCAGAAUGAAACGUCUUUAUUGAUUGAUUAUAUAUGGAAACUAACUAUCAAUGGUAGUUCUAGAACCACCAUGAAUUACCUUAGUAAGAUCUGUUUCGAUAAACCCAUAAUUAUCAAUAAUUUCAAAUUCACCGCCAAAUCGCCUAUAUCUGCAUUGAUUCUUGAAUAUCUAAUCCUUCAGAAAGAACUCCGAUUAGACGUGUUAUUUGAAAAUUUCCUUAAUUUAUUGAUAAAGCUUAUUGAACGGUUGAUAGACUUGAAUUUGUUACUUUCAAUCCCAUUCUUGUUAUCUUUGAUCCAUGGAACUUUACUUUUUAAACCUUUGGCUACCAGUAAUCAUUUGAUUGAACUUCUAGUAGGGAGAUUGGUUAGAGUGGUGAAGAAAUUUGGAUAUAAUUUGAAUACUGAAGAGAUGAUAAAUUUGAAUAUCAACUUAACUUUACAAGAGAAACUCCUUCAAAAAUUCAUUAUCAUAUGUGCUAUGGAUACCAUAGAGAUUCUUAUGAGUUUCACGGUGUUUAAUAAAGAUCCCGAACUGAAACUUGCAGUUAAAUUGUACGAUACCCAUGAAAUCAAGAAAUUAUUGGAAUUCUUUAUUCCUCAUAACAUCGAAAGAGAUCAGAAUUCUCUUCAAAUCAAUAUCGUAUAUAAUCUUAUCAACAUAGUCAAAUAUGUGGUUCAUCCUACGAACCAGGGCCAUGAAAUCUUGAAGAAAUUAACUCCGCUAUUAUUCAAAUUAUGUUUGAUCGAUAUCCCUAUUAAAGAGGAAUUCAAAUUCUUAGGCCUAAAUCGAUACUUAGGUAAUAAUGAAGAUUUAGCUAAGUUUGAUUUGAUCAUACCGUUGGAUACCGACAAGUUAAAUAAUUCCAUAAUAUUCAAACCUAAUCCUAUCAUCAGUUUUAAAUCCUCAAUAACUCCAUAUAAAUGUAGCUUUAACCAUGCUAUUCAUACCAUGGAGUUACAAUUGGAGAUCAUCAGAACCAUAGAUGAUUAUAUAGUCAAUUCCCUAGACUUGACGGUGAUUAAAAAUAAAGACACGGUGAAAAUACUUGUGAAUAUCUUGAAUUUGCAACUCAAUCAGAUGAAAAAAUCCCCCCGGUCCAAGCUAAUAGGCCAAAGGAUUAAAAUUGUUUCUAAUGUCAUCAAAAUCUUGAAUUAUCUAUUCAAAUUUGAAUCAGAAAUCGGAGUUAUCAUUUACAACGAUACUUUAGUAGAAUUGGUAUUGAUGUUACUGAGAUUAGCCUUUGGGUCAGAGAACUUACACAUAUCCAGUGGUGAUCUUGUAAGGAAACUUCGACUUAAAGGAUAUAAAGGAAGAAUCUUUAAUCGAAAUCAAGAGAUAAUGGCCAGAGAAAUCCAUCAUCUAACUUCUAACGAUAAUGUUAAUGAAAUCAUCGAAGCAGAAAUUGACUUCCCUAAUGGUUUAGAGUAUCCUUUUGAUAGUGAAACCAUCGAACUAACACGAGAAAUCUUAGGGAAAGUUAUCAAUACCGAAGCUGCUGAUAACCUCUAUAUCAACAUCAACGGAGAUAUCCUUGAAUAA